GGGCAUUGAUGACACACACAGGCCAAACAAACUUAUUUGUGCCAAAUUUGUGUUUAUACAGGUAACAAGAUAACUGAUUAAACAAAAGUUUGACACAAAUUCUUAAUAUUUCGUGUAGUAGUGCAUAUAUUUUUUAAAUAGAUCCUAAAUCCUGCUCUUACCAAGAUCCAGGCAAUCAAAAUUUGUCAUGUAAACAUAACAGGAAUUACGACUAGAUACUAGCAAGUAAAUAGGAAGUCAACACCUGUGCUAAAGUGAUUUGUUUAUGUACUUUCUGAUUAUUUCAUUAAUUAUUAUUUAGAAACAGUAUUUAUUUUCGCUACUGCUCUGGAUGAUUAACUGAUCAUGCAAUGAAGCAGGCCGCCUGCUUCAUUAUUUAAAUUUAAAUAUAUUAUGGAAAGGUAAGUAUAUAUUGCUGUCUAAUGUUGUACAGCAUAAUCCAAAAUGUUUUUGAUUGCACUGCUUCACAACAUGCCUUAGUGAAACUUUUUUUUUUUUGGUGCAAUAUUUAAUUAAUUUGUAAUUCCUGUUGGCUGUUUAAAUUUUUUAUUGAUCAGUUGUUUUCUGUAUUGUCCAGUGGGGGCACUAUACCUUUAGCAAAUCUUUAGCUUCACAUUUCGUACGUUAAGUUUAUAGUUAGCGAACUACGCUUAUUCAGUGCGGAUACAGAUUUAGCUACUUGUCCAGCCGGGUGCUUUGCUGGCGUCAUGAUGAAAUGAGACUAUGAAGGACACUCCUGCGAGGGCCGUGACUUUAACCGUUACGUAACCCGCUGCCGGGUCGCUGUGCUGCUUAUUGGGGCCGUGUUUGUCCUGUUAAGGGUCCCGCUCGGCCCACGUUUCGCUCCGGCGAUCCGCCACGCUCCGGAAGUCCGGAGCGAUUGGCCGGGACCGCACGCGUGCCACAACCUCAGCUGGAAGCUGAGAACCGUUUGCAGGGAAGCAAUUUGGGAAGUGUCAAAGAGCACAUCCGGCCCCUCUCAGCCAGAUUAGGGCUUCUUAUCCUGCUGGAUCGCUGACAGACGCCACAGUCAUGCUUCAAAUGCGGGAGCUUUGCAUGUUUAAAUGGGUGACAGAGAAACGCCGGUAGCUUAUAUAUAAACACCAAGCUGACGAUCGCAAACGGCGCAGUAAAACCGAUCUGCGUCAUAGCCAGAGGUAUGUCAGCCCUCUGAUCAUCCUAACAAACAGCCUCCCCUUCAUUAAUGCCUGCUACCUGUCAUUUGGCACAAAGGCAGAGGACAAACAAUGGUGGGGACAAAUCAGUGCCCUUAAAUGGAAACGCAAUCUUUAAAAGUCACAAUCAAUUUUCUGUCACGUGAAGAAUUCCAAUGCUGGGAAACAUUAUUCCUUGUGUGCUAGUAAAUUCACUAACGCGUAAAUAACACAGACACCCCCUAGCAAACUGAAUAAUUCCAUGAAUUCCAAAUGUACAUUAGAUCAGAAAAACAGCAUUUUUUUCCCCCUACAUAUCAAAAAAAGGAACAACACAUAUUCCAAGACUAAAUUAUGUGGAUUCAGCACAGGAGCAGCCCAGGAACCCUUGCGAGAUGGAUCAGUUCCAGAAUCAUCCUACUUACAUUAUACAUUGUGCCAGCAACUUGCUUAUCUGGCAGAUUCAUGAAAGAGCACUUAGAUGUUGAUUACACGAUGCAGAGAGAAUGCAUGGCAGCUACAGCAGGGGAACCUGGUCCAUUGAUCCAAGUGGUUAAGAAUCACUGUUUUAUUAUUGGCUGACAGAGGUCGUCCCAAAAACCCGCACCGCCCCUCCAUGGAUCAGGUUCCCCACCCCUGUUCUUUACCAAUAACUAUUCUCUUCUUGAUAUUUCAGCUUGAUACCACCUAGACCACCAGUCAGAAGUGUUUGUACACCAUGGGUUUUUACCACUUUUACUUUUAUUUCAUAAACUGCAGAUUUUUAAAUUCUUGUUUAGCAUUGGAAAUUUGAGUGAACGCAUAUAAAGGAAAAUAUAAGUUUCCUUUAUAACAUGGAAAGAGUUUGUAACAGGGCAUGUCUGACACCCUAUUAACUGGUUGUGUGGUGAUGGCAGAUUCUAGGCCGUCCUUUAACUUUAAAUACACUAGUUACCUGUUUCAUCCCAUGAAACAGAGCAGUAUUUAAUGUCACUUGUAGGAAGAACGGCUCGAAUUUUCUCUGCUGUUAUAACUGCUAGAGGAGGUUACGUGAUGCAUCAAAGAUAUGACAUUUUCUUGCUAAUAAAGGUACUGAAAUGGUGAACAUACUGUAAAUUUGUUUGUUAGUAAAGAAUAUCGAGUGUAUUUUUAGCAAAUGUUAAGUGAGUAACAUGCUGACGUAGAAAAUCUCAGUGUGUGCAAAAGCUGUCGACUGGUAGUGCAUAUGGUUUUGUAGCCUUUCCUUGUAUCUCAUUUAUGACUCUGGUCUGGAGACUGAAAGAGGGUCAGAGGAUAAUGAUUUCUGAGACUGGUCUCAUGGUGCCACCCUACAGGGAUCACCACUGUGCUGACCAUGACCACCAUCAACACACACUUGCGGGAAACGCUUCCCAAAAUCCCCUACGUCAAAGCCAUCGACAUGUACCUGAUGGGCUGCUUCGUCUUCGUCUUCCUCGCCCUGCUGGAGUACGCCUUAGUAAACUACAUCUUCUUCGGUCGAGGGCCACAGAGGCAAAAAAAAGCUGCAGAAAAAGCAGCCACCGCUAACAAUGAGAAGAUGAGGAUGGAGGCCAACAAGUGGUUGGUGGGAAAUGUAGUUCAGAGAGAUGAUGCUCUCUAUGCCAGAAUGAAACAGAGGGACAUUGAUGCUCAUGACUCGAUGUGGGAACCGAUCUUUGUGGACGAUGCAGCAAUAGGACUAGGGGAACAAAAGAAUAAGAUGGACCCCCACGAAAACAUCCUUUUGAGCCCCUUGGAAAUCAAGAAUGACAUGGGCACGUCGGAGCUGACCCUGGGUCUUGGUGACCCGCGGAGCACAAUGCUGGCGUAUGACAGCUCGGCGCUCCAGUACCGCAAAGCCGGCUUGGCCAGGCCCAACUUCGGACGCAAUGCGCUGGAGCGCCACGUGGCGCAGAAGAAGAGCCGUCUACGGAGGCGUGCAUCGCAGCUGAAGAUCACCAUCCCCGACUUGACGGACGUAAACUCUAUCGACAGGUGGUCGAGGAUGAUCUUCCCCACCGUAUUUUCCUUCUUCAACAUCGUCUAUUGGCUCUACUACGUCAACUAAUGCUGAUGGCGAGGGAACGGGUGGCGAUGCCUCUAUGCUGAUAGAUUUUCCAAUGCGAGCAAGACUUUGAAUUCCUGUCACACCCGAGCUACAGUCAGAACUGGGUCCAUUUUAUUUCAGAACACCUGAAUUGCUGGCUAACACGUUAAAAACCGUAGAAUGAAGAAAUGAAAAAAAUACAUUUUCAUACUGUGCCUGGUCAAGUAUUUCAGUUUUGCUUCAUAAAUAGCUUAUUUUUUAAAAAAGCUUUAUUGUUUGUUAAUUUUUUUUCCCCAAAUAUUGUUUUUGCAGCCAUUAUCUCAAUAUUUCAGAUAUUUUUUAGAGAAUUAUGUAGGCACUAUGUAUUAGUGUAAAUUAGACCAUCUCACUAAAUACAUGAUUAUAACAAAAGUGGUAUGUUUUGAUAAAAUUUUUAUAGGUUAAUUGUUUUAACCUGGAUGAAAUGGUUUUAUGAUUAGCCAAGAAUGUUCCAUUCAUCCUACAGAAUUCCAUAAAUUAUAGUUGAGGAUUUGUAAAUAAAGGUUUUUUAACUACCCAUUUUUUAUUUAUAGAACGUUACGAGAUUCUAUUUAUUAAGAUAUAACGCCAUACUUCAUUUAUACUAGUUUCUGCCAUUGAAAAUCCUACUGCCAAAUCCACAGUGUUACAUAGUGUACAUACUGAAAAAGUACUACUAAAAUAGAGUACUAUCUAUUUUAAUUCAGAAAAACUACCUUAGGUUUUCAUUUGUUAAAAUACGUUAUGUUUUUCAUUUUUUUUUAAAGAUGUGUUAUUUAUUGAGUUGCUUCGAUUUGUUUUGUAGUUGCUUGCAUCAACUCUGAAAUUUUUGAAUGGUAACACACAAUCCUGUUGGUCUAAUUGUACAAAAUUUAAUGUGAUUUUUCAUUUUUAUUUCCCCACCACUGCAGUGGUUUUCAUUUGUAAUAUAUUGACACUUGUCAUUGUCGCCGUUCCGUUGCCUGAUAAUGGCUUUAAAGGCGACGCUUAAGGCAGCCACAGAGCCCGAACAUCACUUGGAAUUAUCUGAAGCAAGGAGUCGCGUUUCCACCUUUGACUUUCACAAUGAACUGUAAAUAUCUCUUGUAUAUGAUUGUUAACAUGUUAUCUUAUUUUACGAGAGCAUUCAUGGAGUAUACUUUGUGUUUACAUGAGGAAUGGUACAUUUCUGUUUAUUACUUGAGGGCAUUUGGGGGGGGGGGGAGUGACUUUAAAUUUAUUUGAUUUAGAUGCAUGUAUUUAAAAGCCAUGUGAGAGAAAAGAGUCUGUCAUGGAACUACCCAGAAUACUUUGCACAGGAAACUGUUCAAACCAUCCAGCCAGAGACAGUAAUAUCGACCUGCCAUUUUAAUUUCUUUGCGAUAAAAGCCAUUCGGUAGCUAUUUAGCGCACAUCUCUCCAUGUAUAAAAAUCCUUCAGAAGUAGACGGGUUGAACACCAAAACACUCAACAGCACAACGUCUCUUUGGCGUCACUCAUGAAGAAACACCACAUUCAUUUUAUUAGCAUGGUUUGUUAUCCUUUGCUCAGUUAUGGCUUGUGUUCUAGUUUUAUGGGGAUUUCCUAUUUAAUUUUAUAUGUGUAGGUUGGUGACAAACCUCGUGUAUAACCAAGAUAUAAUGGCGUCAUCUCAUUUCAAAACCGGUCUAUUAUGGUUGAAUAAUCUCCAUAAUCUUGAUAGUCUUUUGUCCUGAUAUGAUAUCAUUUAUACACAACUUUUGCUAGAAUACAAAAAGUAACAAUAGACUGUAAAUGAGGAUAAUGAACAUAUAAAAUAUCGAUAGUAUCCACAUGGAUAAUGUUGCACGGCUGUAGUGGUUUAUAAAGUGGCUUCUUGAACUGCAGAUGAAAUGUAACCAAACAUGGGCACAGUAUGCAAUAAAAUUUGCAGACUUUCGAAUUCUAGCAAUAGGUUACAAUUAUGAAAGAAAUGAAUAUACAAAUAUAUAGUAUAUAGCUAGCUAUAAAGGGCAGCUGCAGGGAUAUCUGUUUCACACCUAGAGUACACACAUAAUCAUUUCUACUACUGCUGCUACUGUUUGAUAACAAUUAAACCAUCCAGAGGUGGAGAUUUCAGGUGCAGAGAGUUCAAAUCCAGACCAGGAUUUUGUUUCAACCAACCAUUUGAGUAUAAAGGGUGACAGUCACAGAGUACUCAAGUAUUUGGUUGAAACAAAAUAUUGGUCUGGAUUUGUACUCUCCGGAGCUGCACUCUCCACCUCUGUAAACAUCUAACCGAUUUAAUAAUCACACUAGUUAUUUCUUGGAUAUUUUCAAAUUCAUUCAAGUCAAUGAAACAGUCGCGGUGGAAUUUGAAGUUUCCCUUGUUAAAACCCAUGCAGCCACUAACGCCAUUGUGGUUCAUCAUUGACUAUUACUCAUAACCUCUUAACCCUUGCUAACAUUAUGCUACACUUAGUCUCAAAUCUUUUCAUUGCAAGCAUUAAACAAUAUAAAAUCACUGUUUUCAAACUGUCAGCAAGAGGGAAAAAAACUUCCUUUACUAAAAAUUUGUUGUAAUCAUAGUUCACUGAACAACACGUAACAUGAAGGCUAUUCACAUAUAUAAUUAAUAUAUAUAUAUAUAUAUAUAU